AUGGCAACCGACUACUUUUCCGAUCAUGAAGCUUUCAUCAGCAGCCAACCCUUGCCGUCUCCGGCUGACACACCAUAUAUGUCGUCUCGACGAACCUCACGAUACGGAACCCCAGCAAGCGAGAUUGCUAGCUCGCCACCUCCGCUCCCACCCAACCCUUAUCCCGAAUCUGAAGACGACGUCAACAAUGAGAAGAUCUCAAUUCUUGAUCCACGGCGCUUCACACCGACGCUGCACGCAAACCUGGUCUCUGAAAUCCUAAACUUACGGCGAGAACUUGACUCGAAGCACAAAUUCAUCGAGGAUGUUGAGACAAAUCUUCAUACUGCACGGACGGAAAAUGAUUCACUGGUGAAACAGCUUUCAUCAACCGCCAAAGACGGUCGCGCUGCAAAACGUCAACUACAGAACUAUGAAAAUGAGAUGCUUGCAGCGCUGGAAGAAAUUGCGGCCGAGCGCGACAAGGUGAAAGAGGCGAAUGCAGAUCUCAGGACAAAAUUGGAAGCCGCCGAGAAGCGAUCACGCAGCCAGGAUGAUGACUCGACUCGUGUGCAUGACAUGUGGACACGGGAGAAGGACGUUUGGGCUGGUGAAAAGCGGAUCUUGGAGCGCCGAGUGCACAUCUCAGAAUCACGACUCAAACUUCUCCUGGACGAGCUCGCCGCGCACGAGACUGCUCGUGCAGAUGCCAAUGUCGAAAGCGAAGGCGAGGAUGGAAAAGAUGGUGGCGCAGGCGCUGAAAGCGAUACGGCCAGCAUACACUCCUCGCCACAGAGGCGCUCUUCAACUCACAUUGGGCGGCACUCAAGAAACCUCAGCAACAGCAGUUACAGGAGUAUCGGCCGAAACUACAGAUUGUCUUUGUUGAGCAACGAAGGCCAUGGCCGAGGAAACGGUCUGAGCCUUGCAGACGAGCUCAUUUUCGACGAGGAGGAAGAAGAAGACCUGGAUGAGCUGGAACUCGACUCUGAUGAUUUCCCUGAACAUGAGAUGCGAGCAAGGAGAGUCCUCGAGUCACGACAAUCCAUGUACCCCGACAACAAAGCGAAACGUAUCCUAGGGUUGAGCAAUGAUGUUCAACAGUCCAACAAGGACACCUCUGCAAUUGCUGAAGAGCAUGAGCAUGUCAAGCUGUCGUAUGAGACGACUCAGUCUGCGGUUACGAUAACGCCCAGAGAAAUUACUUUGAUCUUUCCACCGACCAUGCCUAUCUAUGUGGAUACCGGAAUUCAGCCUUCGCCUCCAACAUCGCCUAUACUACCUACCAUGGCUGAAGCCUCAUCACAAACAGUCGAUGAAACUCCUUUGCAGUCUAAACCUCUCGAUGGCUCCCCGACUCGUACUGAGGUAGAAGCUAACCAGCGUAGGAAACGCACUUCCUUGUUGCUUGAGUCUCCCGGUCCCUCACAGAGCGCUAGUCCAACGUCAUGUACUAUGACGUCCAGUUCUGUUCAAACAAUCGAGCAGCCACUCAGUCCUCCGCCAACACCCAAGAUCGCUAUCCCAACCACUGAGCUGCCCGCAUCGCCCGUGUCACCGGUAUUUAAGAACGAACUCGCAUCCUCGUCAACACAGACGGAAUUUGACGGGGAUCACGCUCAGCUGUUUCCAAAGACCAAACCAGCUGCUCCGCCGGCACCGAUAUCUAUACCAUCCAUAACCAUCCAUGCACCUGACUCAGUUCCUUCAUCGCCGAAGGAUGCAAGGCUACCGCCAGGCACCAAAACGGUUGCGACUCAAACAGCAAAUGACCUUGCUGCGCCGAUGCGAUCGUACGGCAUGCAGACAGAGCCCAUUCGAGUUGAUCAGCGUCCUGUGAGGCUACCUCCUCACCUCUUGCCCUCGGCUAUAUCCUCCAAGCCAGGUACUCCAGAACCGAAACAGGAGCGCCCCUUAGUUGGCAGCGGUACUCGGAAAGACUUGCAUCACCCUGGCAAAAGUUAUACUGAGCAACCUUCUGCGAAACCAACAGCCCGCCAAGAUCUGUUAAUACUGCUAGAGAAAGCCGCGGAUACUAAAGUAGAGAACCGCUAUCCUGGCAACAAUGACAAUGGCCCACUGUCCCGUAAUCAUCAGACCGAGAUUCUCAAAAGGCCUUUCCGAACGAGCAGUUUGUUUGCUGGUUUUGAUGGUCCUUCUUCGGACGAAGAAGACUAUGCAGAUGCGAGUGGGGAUGAGUAUCGAAGCCAGCCAUACACGACACCGAUGCUAUCGUCACGCAAUGCUAAGAGCGGCCGGCCGGUUAAUCCACCUACACCUGUGCCAGAGGACAAAGAAGUCAUGCCGACGUCCAGAAUCUCUGAAGAUUCCCAGCUCUCUCGUCGUGUUGGGUCUGAGCGUACAUCUCUGGAGAAAUCAGCAAAGAUUACGAAGCGAAACUCUUUGAGCCGCCAACCUAGUAUCCGUCGUUCAGCUAUGAUUCAGUCUGGCACUUCAGCACACAUGAAUCCGAGCAUGAGCAGCCUGGGGUCCAGCACUCACAUUCAGCCGCCAUUCCCGGUGCCUACACGUUCAAGCUCACGCAACAAACCUCAUAGCAAAAGCGAAGGCUCGGCGAGCCCAACACCUGGAAACGGUAGCGCUUAUGCUAAUCGUCGAAUGCAUGCUACCAAGCACCAACGAAAAGAUAGUAUCCGGAAAGUGCGCUCAGCGGCACCAGUGUCCCGAACUGGACGCCCCCGAAGCAGGUCUCCUGUGUUGCCAAUGACGCCCAGCAUACCCGACACUGAAUCAAUAGCUCCUCCGCCGAGCGACAUCAUGAGUGCAAGCGGCUUCGGCCAUCGCCACCAAUUGUCUACUAACACUGCGUAUACGGCCAGUCACUCGGUCGCCAGCUCCAAUUCUCAAGCUAGUGUCGUUGAUGCGAUUGCUGCCGCGAUGAUCGGCGAAUUCAUGUGGAAGUACGUGCGCAAGAGGAAGCCAUUUGGCGGACCUGAAACUUCUACGGACCGUGCAACUGAAGAGGCCUCUCUGUCCAGUGGUGGCGUACGUCACAGGCGUUGGGUGUGGAUCUCACCGUACGAGCGAGCAAUUUUGUGGAGUAGUAAGCAGCCUACUUCGGGCUCUGCUCUGAUGGGCAAGAGCGGUCGCAAACUUACCAUACAAUCUGUUCUCGACGUCGCCGACAACAGUCCGGCACCAAGAAACGAAACGCUCUUCAACCGGUCGAUCUUGAUCCUGACACCUGCACGUGCUCUGAAAUUUACGACCAUGUCACGAGAGCGCCAUUACUUGUGGUUGACCGCGCUAUCCUUCUUGGCCCAUUCGAGCGCACCUAUGCCCGACCUCGGAGCUAUGCCUCAACCACCGCCAGUCGAGGACUUCCAGCAUCGCUCAGGAGGUGCGACGCUUCGUCGCUCCCGCGUGCAGGACUCUGUGCGUCUUGCGAAGGGCAGGGCCAAUCCAGUAAUGCAGCGGUACACAGCACGGAAUGAGCCCAUGCCGAGUCUUCCAUCGCUUGCUGGCUACGAGGGGCCAGUGCCAGAAUCUGCCAGUCCACCCUCUAUUCCCCGUGGGCCGGCGCAUGGGCGCAAGAGGAGCUCUACAGGCCCUGGAGCACCACCACCUAGUGUUCCCUUCCGCAGCUUUUCCCAUCAGCAAGUGCCUUCCGUGUACUCAAACGGUUCAUCAGACAUGUAUUCGUCUAUGCAACCUCCUUCAGUACCGUCUUCAGUCUAUAACCCAACGAGCGGUGUUGUGAGCAGCCGCACAUCCGAGGCCAGUACAUCAACUCGUAACCACUUCUUCGAUGCUAUGGGCACCGUCCGCAUGGAAGCCUUCAUCGAAAACGCCCUGGGGGAUCCUGCUCAACGUCAGGGGUUGCAGGCAAAGCCGCAAGGUGUACGUCAUCGCCGCAGUAGCCAGUGGAGCGACAGUGCACGAGAGCGACCCAUGCGAGCGGCAGGUCUGUAUGAUAUCGACAAUGAUCUUUUCCAUGGCUUCUAA